UAUGCAAGUUUCUGUAGAACGGAGCAUAUCACAUCAAACCACUCUGAAUGGCUUUGUUUACAUCUCAGCCAUUUAAUCAUGUAGAAUUUUUGAAAAGUCGAUGGAAUUCCCACUUAAAGAGGGGCUUAGGCCAAAAUGAAAAUUUGACCAAUGCUGCAUCAGUUGUAAAUGUCUACUUGCAGUGCUAGAGUAAGUUAAUUUCUACAUUUUUUUGGGGGUAAAGACAAGAAAAAACCCUUUCCAGGAACAAGCCAUUUUUUAUUAGCAAUGUUAUCUUAGGUGGGAAAAAUUCAUGCAGUAUCAGAGCUUGUAAACUGCUUGUAAAGGCGUUAGAGCAAUCAGAGCUAACCAAACAAAUAUAUGCUGUGACAUCACAACCACAACUAACUGCAGUCUGGCAUGUUUAGUGUUCAAGUCUCAGACCAGAAAAAGUGGAUGCUCUGGUCUUAAUCGCAAUUAGGCAAUGGCAGAGGCAGAAGUGAAGGUUGCAUUUGUCAGCAACCUCAAUGGGACAACUGUGGCAGAAGUGUCACUGGGAUCUUUCCUUGCGCCUCUCUGUCUUCUCAGCAGAGGGCUGUUCCUGAUAGUGUUUCACUUCUGUAGAGGCGUUCUGCCACUCGCCAAGGGUGCCCAUCUUCUCCUGGAUUUCACCAUGCUGAUAAUGCCUCUGGUUCUGUCAUGUACUGUUCUCAGUGGCAUUCUUCACUGGGUCAUUAUAGGUCUGGCUGUGGCUGACCUUUUUGUUCUGUUCCUCUUGUAUAGGAACAAAAAAACUUCAUCUCAUGGGUCCAUCCUCAGUUCGUUGGACAGCUUUGUGCACAGCCAUGUGGAGUCCAACUUUGUUCCCUUCGUGACUGCAUUCCGUGUGCUGGUCAACGUGAAAACGGCCAUCAGCAUCUUGGCUGUCGACUUCAGUGUGUUUCCAAGACGUUAUGCAAAGACGGAGACCUAUGGGACAGGUGUCAUGGACUUUGGCGUGGGGGCCUAUGUUAUGGCCAAUGCCCUGGUUUGUCCAGAAGCUAGAGGGAAGAAGAUUCAGGGCUCCAAAUUCAGCCAUUUGGUUAAACAACUUCUCUCAGUGUGGCCCCUGAUCCUCCUCGGCUUGGUAAGGCUAGCAAGCGUGAAGUCGACAGGCUAUCAUGAGCAUGUGACGGAGUAUGGGCUCCACUGGAACUUUUUCUUCACUCUAGCCAUAGUGAGAGUAGUGGCGUCUGCUCUUCUCGUUGUAUUUCCAGUCAACAGCUCCUGGCUCAUGGCUUUGGUGAUAAGUGGGGUUUACCAAGUUGUGUUGGAGACAACAGAUUUGAAAUCUUUUAUCACCCAGAAUGGUGGGCGCAACAACUUUGUAGAAGCCAACAGAGAGGGAAUAUUCUCUGUGGUGGGUUAUAUCGCCAUCUACAUGGCUGGAGUUCAAGCAGGCCUCUAUCUGAUGCAGACGAGAACUUUGGUCAAAGACUGGAUACGGGUGGUCCGGAACCUUCUGUUGGGAAGCUUUGGACUCUGGCUCAUUUUGCACAUGUGCCAGACAUACAUAGAGCCAGUUUCACGUCGGAUGGCCAACUUGUCAUUCUGUAUGUGGACUGUGGCCCAGUCUUUGUUUUUUCUUUCCUGCUUGAGUAUUGGUGAUAUUGUACUGCUUUUUGCAAAAGUGGUGUCAAAUUUCUCUCAUGUGUCAGUCUCUUGGAAUCCAUCUGGGAGUUCACAAACAGAGGGAAAGCUAAGGAAUAAAAUGGAUAUGUUGUGCCUCAUUCAAUCCGUGAACAGGAACCAAUUGUUGUUUUUCCUACUUGCAAAUCUGAUGACUGGUUUAACCAACAUACUGGUAGACACGUUGAAAAGCAACAAUUUCUUUGCUGUCUGCGUUUUGUUGUUGUACAUGUUUGUGAACAGCUUAGCUAUAUUUAUUUUACAUAUCAAGAACAUUACCAUUAAGUUUUGGUAAUGUUUUUUGCAUUGUUGUAAUCAGUUUACAAUAACUGAUGAUGCUAAUAUGACAAAUAUGUCAUGACUUGAAUAACUAUGACCAAGCUAUUGUGUAUUGAAGAACAUUACAUUUACAGCAUUUAGCAGAUGCUCUUAUCCAGAGCGACUUACAAGAAGUGCUUUGUCAAUUUAGAACAUGUGUGACAUUAAAUAAAAGACAUAAUUUAAUGUGAAUUCAAUGAACAAGUGCCUGUUUUUAAUGGCUGUGAGGUGGAUGCCACUUUAUAGAUGAGGCCUUAUACAAACAUUUCUAUCUAUUGAAGAUACUAAAUUUGCUUUGUCUUUCACAA